UCACAGUGGCACAUGCUUCCCCUUAUGUCAACCAAUCGUUUCAUUCCCAACGUCCCUCCAUUCCCAUUCCCAGCUGUCGCUUGCUGUCUCUUGAUCCACCUCCUUCUCAACAUAUGAUCCAUACAUACACACUACUUACUAACUAUGCCAUCAAAACAACAACAACAACAGCAACAACAACAACAACAAGAGAAAUUAGAAGAUCUAUAGCUAGUAGUAGUGUAGCACAGAGAAAUUAAGAAGGAAACAAGAGACACUCACACUAUAUAUAUAUAUAUAUAGAGACAGUUAAUUAGCACUUAUGGAACAGUACUUAUUACCACCCAAGAUCCCAUCCAUGGCUACUACAAACUACUCUUUUGAUGACUUCCUUGACUUCUCAUCCGCCAAACGUUCCUCACACCGCCGUUCCUCCAGUGACUCCAUCGCCUUCCUUGAUCCUGAUGAUGACUUUGAUGCUGACCAACUCUUGUCCUUGUUGGACAAUGAUGCUCCUCCACCUUCAGUUUCAUCACCUUCUGAUGAUGAGAAACUACUUCUUCCUGCCAUGGAGGACAGUAGUAUUACUCUUGUUCCUGCAGGUUGCAAGGUUGAAGACAAAAUAUCUUCUCCUUUGGAUCCAAAGAGAGUUAAAAGGAUAUUGGCAAACAGACAGUCUGCUCAGAGGUCUAGAGUCAGGAAGUUGCAGUAUAUCUCCGAGUUGGAACGGAGUGUCACAACGUUGCAGACGGAGGUGUCGGCAUUGUCUCCGCGGGUAGCGUUUCUCGACCACCAGCGCUCGGCGCUGACGGCCGGGAACAGCCAUCUCAGGCAACGGAUUGCUGCAUUGACACAGGACAAGAUCUUUAAAGAUGCUCACCAGGAGGCACUGAAGAAGGAACUUGAGAGACUAAGGAAUAUUUACAACCAGCAGAGUACGGAAAAUAUGGUUGAAUAGGGAAGGAAUUGCUUGUUUUCUUGAGUUAAUUGUGUGUGAGAUUUUAUUAGAAUUUAUUUAAUUUAUCAUUGUGAUUUGAUUACUCUUAUGUUUUCUUAAGAAUUGUAACAUUAACAUUUUUUUUUUAUUUAAUGGCUGCAAGAG